GAAGAAAUGUUGUCUAUUUGGUGAUGAGACGUGGUGAAAACUGACCUUAUACUGGUAUACAGCACUAUGGGACCUGACAUUUUCACUUCCUGGGCAGCCAGCCUCCACUGAUAAUGUUGGGAAGCCAUCUGGUCUACUGCAAAACACUAAUCUGAUCUCGGAAGUGGCUGAUUGUGGCAGGAUGUGUCGACAAUGAUGAUGGCAAGAAAGCAGGAUGUCCGCAUUCCCACCUACAACAUCAGUGUGGUGGGAUUGUCUGGGACAGAGAAGGAGAAGGGCCAGUGUGGCAUUGGGAAGUCUUGUUUGUGCAACCGCUUUGUGCGCCCGAGUGCUGAUGAGUUUCAUUUGGACCAUACCUCUGUCCUCAGCACCAGUGACUUUGGUGGGCGAGUGGUCAAUAAUGACCACUUUCUUUACUGGGGAGAAGUUAGCCGCUCCCUGGAGGACUGUGUGGAAUGUAAGAUGCACAUUGUGGAGCAGACUGAAUUUAUCGAUGAUCAGACUUUUCAGCCUCAUCGAAGCACGGCCCUACAGCCCUAUAUUAAGAGAGCUGCUGCAACCAAGCUGGCAUCAGCUGAAAAACUCAUGUACUUUUGCACUGACCAGCUGGGGCUGGAGCAGGACUUUGAGCAAAAACAAAUGCCAGACGGAAAGCUGCUGAUUGAUGGUUUUCUUCUUGGUAUUGAUGUUAGCAGGGGCAUGAAUAGGAAUUUUGAUGACCAGCUCAAGUUUGUCUCCAAUCUCUACAAUCAGCUUGCAAAAACAAAAAAGCCCAUAGUGGUGGUCCUGACCAAGUGUGACGAAGGUGUUGAGCGGUACAUUAGAGAUGCACAUACUUUUGCCUUAAGCAAAAAGAACCUCCAGGUUGUGGAGACCUCAGCAAGAUCCAAUGUAAAUGUGGACUUAGCUUUUAGCACCUUAGUGCAACUCAUUGAUAAAAGUCGGGGAAAGACAAAAAUCAUUCCUUAUUUUGAGGCUCUAAAGCAGCAGAGUCAGCAGAUAGCUACAGCAAAGGACAAAUAUGAGUGGCUGGUGAGUCGCAUUGUGAAAAACCACAAUGAGAAUUGGCAGAGUGUCAGCCGAAAGAUGCAGGCCUCUCCAGAGUACCAGGACUAUAUCUACUUGGAAGGGACUCAGAAAGCCAAGAAGCUAUUUCUACAGCACAUCCACCGCCUCAAGCACGAGCAUAUUGAGCGCAGGAGAAAGCUGUAUCUGGCAGCCCUGCCAUUAGCUUUCGAAGCUCUCAUAUCUAAUCUAGAUGAAAUUGACCACCUAAGCUGCAUAAAAGCCAAAAAGCUCUUAGAAACCAAGCCAGAAUUCUUGAAGUGGUUUGUUGUGCUUGAAGAGACACCAUGGGAUGCCACCAGCCACAUUGACAACAUGGAAAACGAACGGAUUCCCUUUGACUUAAUGGACACCGUCCCUGCAGAGCAGCUGUACGAGGCCCACUUAGAGAAGCUGAGGAACGAGAGGAAAAGAGCUGAGAUGAGAAGGGCAUUUAAAGAAAACCUGGAGACCUCUCCUUUCAUAACUCCUGGAAAGCCUUGGGAAGAAGCCCGUAGUUUUAUUAUGAAUGAAGAAUUCUACCAGUGGCUGGAAGAAUCUGUAUACAUGGAUAUUUAUGGCAAACACCAAAAGCAAAUUAUAGACAAAGCAAAAGAAGAGUUUCAGGAGUUGCUUUUGGAAUAUUCAGAAUUGUUUUAUGAGCUGGAACUGGAUGCUAAGCCCAGCAAGGAGAAGAUGGGUGUCAUUCAGGAUGUUCUGGGGGAGGAACAGCGAUUUAAAGCAUUACAAAAGCUCCAAGCAGAGCGUGAUGCCCUUAUUCUGAAGCACAUUCAUUUUGUGUACCACCCAACAAAGGAGACAUGCCCCAGCUGCCCAGCUUGUGUGGAUGCUAAGAUUGAGCACUUGGUUAGUUCUCGGUUUAUCCGACCGUCUGACCGGAAUCAGAAAAAUUCACUCUCUGACCCCAACAUUGAUAGAAUCAACUUGGUUAUCUUGGGCAAAGAUGGCCUUGCCCGAGAGUUGGCCAAUGAGAUUCGAGCUCUUUGUACAAAUGAUGACAAGUAUGUGAUAGAUGGUAAAAUGUAUGAGCUUUCCCUGAGGCCAAUAGAAGGGAAUGUCAGGCUUCCUGUGAACUCUUUCCAGACGCCAACAUUUCAGCCCCAUGGCUGUCUCUGCCUUUACAAUUCAAAGGAAUCGUUAUCCUAUGUAGUGGAGAGUAUAGAGAAAAGUAGAGAGUCCACACUUGGCAGGCGAGAAAAUCAUUUAGUCCAUCUCCCCCUGACAUUAAUUUUGGUUAACAAGAGAGGAGACACCAGUGGAGAGACCCUGCACAGCUUAAUACAGCAAGGUCAGCAAAUUGCCAGCAAGCUUCAGUGUGUCUUUCUUGACCCUGCUUCUGCUGGCAUUGGUUAUGGACGCAACAUUAAUGAAAAGCAAAUUAGUCAAGUUUUGAAGGGACUCCUGGACUCUAAGCGUAACUUAAACCUGGUCAGUUCUACUGCUAGCAUUAAAGAUUUGGCUGAUGUUGAUCUGCGAAUUGUUAUGUGUCUUAUGUGUGGAGAUCCUUUUAGUGCAGAUGACAUACUCUUUCCUGUCCUUCAGUCCCAAACCUGUAAGUCUUCUCAUUGUGGAAGCAACAACUCUGUUUUACUUGAACUACCAAUCGGACUACACAAGAAGCGCAUUGAACUGUCUAUUCUUUCAUACCAUUCCUCGUUUAGCAUCAGAAAGAGCCGGUUGGUUCAUGGGUACAUUGUUUUUUAUUCAGCAAAACGUAAGGCCUCCUUGGCUAUGUUACGUGCCUUUCUUAGUGAAGUGCAGGAUAUUAUCCCCGUUCAACUUGUAGCACUCACUGAUGGCGCUAUAGACGUCCUCGACAAUGACUUAAGUCGGGAACAGCUAACUGAGGGGGAGGAGAUUGCUCAAGAUAUUGAUGGAAGGUUCACAAGCAUCCCCUGUAGCCAACCCCAGCAUAAACUUGAGAUCUUUCACCCAUUUUUUAAAGAUGUGGUGGAGAAAAAGAACAUAAUCGAGGCUACUCAUAUGUACGAUAAUGCUGCCGAGGCGUGUAGUACGACAGAAGAGGUGUUUAACUCCCCCCGGGCAGGAUCUCCACUCUGCAACUCAAACCUGCAGGAUUCGGAAGAGGAUGUUGAGCCCCCAUCUUACAGCCUGUUCCGAGAAGACACAUCACUGCCCUCUCUGUCCAAAGACCAUUCUAAGCUCUCUAUGGAACUGGAGGGAAAUGAUGGGUUGUCUUUCAUCAUGAGCAAUUUUGAGAGUAAACUGAACAACAAAGUACCUCCACCAGUCAAACCAAAGCCUCCUGUCCAUUUUGAAAUUACAAAGGGGGAUCUAUCUUAUUUAGAUCAAGGCCAUAGGGAUGGGCAGAGAAAGUCUGUGUCUUCUAGUCCCUGGCUGCCUCAGGAUGGGUUUGAUCCUUCUGACUAUGCUGAACCCAUGGAUGCUGUGGUCAAGCCAAGGAAUGAAGAAGAAAACAUAUACUCUGUGCCCCAUGAUAGCACCCAAGGCAAAAUCAUUACCAUUCGGAAUAUCAACAAAGCCCAGUCCAAUGGCAGUGGGAAUGGAUCUGACAGUGAAAUGGAUACCAGCUCUUUAGAGCGAGGCCGCAAAGUGUCCAUUGUGAGCAAGCCAGUGCUGUACAGGACGAGAUGCACCCGGCUGGGGAGAUUUGCUAGUUACCGAACCAGCUUCAGCGUGGGGAGCGAUGAUGAGCUGGGGCCCAUCAGGAAGAAAGAGGAGGAUCAGGCAUCCCAGGGUUAUAAAGGGGACAAUGCUGUCAUUCCAUAUGAAACAGACGAAGACCCAAGGAGGAGGAAUAUUCUUCGCAGUCUGAGGAGGAACACUAAGAAACCGAAACCCAAACCCCGGCCAUCCAUCACAAAGGCAACCUGGGAGAGUAACUAUUUUGGAGUGCCCUUAACAACCGUCGUGACUCCAGAGAAGCCAAUCCCCAUUUUUAUUGAAAGAUGUAUUGAGUACAUUGAAGCCACAGGAUUGAGCACAGAAGGCAUCUACCGUGUCAGCGGGAACAAGUCGGAGAUGGAGAGUCUGCAGAGACAGUUUGAUCAAGAUCAUAACCUGGACUUGGCAGAGAAAGACUUUACAGUGAACACUGUGGCCGGUGCCAUGAAGAGCUUUUUCUCAGAACUGCCAGACCCCCUGGUUCCAUACAGCAUGCAGAUUGAUUUGGUGGAAGCGCACAAAAUCAACGACCGGGAGCAGAAGUUACAUGCCCUUAAGGAGGUAUUAAAGAAAUUUCCAAAGGAAAACCAUGAAGUCUUCAAAUAUGUCAUCUCUCACCUAAACAAAGUCAGCCACAACAACAAGGUGAAUCUCAUGACCAGCGAGAACCUCUCCAUCUGCUUCUGGCCCACCUUGAUGAGACCCGAUUUUAGCACCAUGGAUGCGCUCACGGCCACACGCACCUACCAGACAAUCAUUGAACUCUUCAUCCAGCAGUGCCCCUUCUUCUUCUACAAUCGUCCCAUCAGUGAGCCUCCUGGCGCCGUGCCCAGCUCCCCCUCGACCGUGGCUUCCACUGUCCCCUUCCUCACCUCCACACCUGUCACAAGUCAGCCAUCACCGCCCCAGUCCCCUCCACCCACCCCUCAGUCCCCAAUGCAGCCACUGCUUCCCUCCCAGCUUCAAGCCGAACACACGCUGUGAGCCACCAAGGCCUGGGGCGAAAGGAGAACUGGUCGCUAUUUGACUAGGUGGCAUUUGGCCUUGAACAAAACCAAGUCCACUGGGGCAGAGGCAGGGGAGUGUCCCUCUCCCCUACCACCUUCUCAAGACCUCAGCAGUGGCACCAGCCAGUGGUUUACCCCAGGCUUAGCUGUCAGGCCCUGAGCCCAGCACUACAGACCUGGGGCUACCUGUAGGCCGCAGCCGUGAGGCCCUGCCCUUUGACUUGGACCCCUUUAAGGACUGAACUAGUCAGGCAGCAGCCCAGUCCCCGCCACACGUUCCCUGCUCCCUGGACCACUUCCCCCUCCUGCCCGCCUGUCUACGCACACCAGCCUCAGGGCGCCUGCCCCCUGCUUGUACAGAGCCCAUUAUUGAGACAGUGCCCUAGCCUUUGCUAGGGGAGAAGGAUGUUCUGAGAUUCAGGCCUGCCCUGGGGCAGGCUGGCAACCCCUGAAGAGAACACAUCCCGUCCAUUUUAUCCACCUUCCAUAUCUGCACACACACACCUGGAUUGUGGACAGGGGCACAAGGACAGCCUGGCUAGCAAUCUCGGGAACACAUAGGCCAUGGCUCUGCCACCCCAGGGCACAUCCAUGCUGAGGCCGUUUGCCUGGCAGAUCAGAACGUCGGGAGGAUAGCUUUGUGCUCAGAUCGAGAGCGCAACCUCUCCACCCCACUCCUCCCACUUCACGGGCUGCCGGAUACAUUCCCUUUAAAACAAAGGAACACUGGAAGAAAAAUGGAAAAAUCCCUCCAAAAAUUAAGAGAAAAA